AUGUCGGGACUCAAGUAUUUCUCUUACAACGACUAUGGCAAGACCCUCCUUGAGGAGAUGCACUACAGUCAAGCUGUCCGAGUUGGAGACAAAAUUGAGAUAUCAGGCCAAGGCGGCUGGGAUCCCGCAACGGGAAAGGUUCACUCCGAGCUUUCAGAAGAAAUCGAUCAGGCCUUCGCCAAUGUAGACCUGACCUUGAAGGAUGCUGGUGGCAAGGGCUGGUCACAGGUUUUCCGAAUCCGUCUCUACGCUCUCGAUGAAGCCUGGACCCCAGAGGGCAUGGGCCGGAUGGUAGAAAACAUGAAGAAAUGGGCACCUGACCACGCGCCUCUCCUAACAGGAGUCGGGGUCUCGCAACUCGGACAACCAGGUAUGCGCAUCGAGGUGGAGGUAUCUGCAUAUGACCCCAAGGAAGCUCAGUAG